UUCGGUUUCGGUUUUUAGUGCGUGAUCGACGCUCCGACUCGCUACUUGUGGCCGCAGCUCAAGCCGUGCAGACUCUGGAAAUACUGCUAUAAACACAAAAAUUAGUUUUAAUUGAAAUUCAAUGAAUUCCCAAUUGAAAACUGUACGCGUUCAUUUCUUAUAUACUAUAUGUGCCCAACAUGCUGAUUAGUGAACCGAACUGAACUUACAUAAGCCUUGCCAGCUAUCAGCUGUCGCUUAUCAAAUUUAUUUGUAUAUACACAUGUAUUUGUGUGAAUAUCGUGUACACCACAUAGACUUUAUACUGAAGCAACUAUAUUCAUUAUGCAGCCGGCACUGGAACUAAGCAUUUAUACACUGCUACGCAUGGCGUUCAUUUGGCAGCUCAUUUCCGUCGCCAUUUACCUGGUGGGCACUUUGGCCAUUGCCGCCUAUCUCUACGACAACUUCAAGUCUUUGAUCUGCAUUAUCAAGGCGCUGCUCGAGCCAUACUUUCAGCCACAGUUGCCUCAAACAUUGCUGGAUAAAUUUGGCAAAUGGGCAGUGAUAACCGGUGCUACAGACGGCAUCGGUAAGGAAUAUGCCAAGGAAUUGGCACGUCAAGGUCUCAAUCUGGUGCUCAUAUCACGUACCAAGGAGAAGCUCAUCGCGGUAACCAACGAGAUUGAGAGCGAACACAAGGUGAAAACCAAAUGGAUUGCUGUUGAUUUUGCCAAGGGACGUGAGGCCUACGAGCAAAUCGAAAAGGAAUUGGCGGGCAUACCAAUCGGUAUACUAGUCAACAAUGUGGGCAGAAUGUAUGACUAUCCGGAGACACUGGAUCUGGUGCCGGAGGACACCAUCUGGGACAUAUUGACCAUCAACAUUGGCGCCGUCACCAUGCUGACUCGCAAGAUCGUGCCGCAAAUGAAGGCGGCACGCCGAGGCGCCAUCGUCAACAUUGGCUCCGGCUCGGAGCUGCAGCCGAUGCCCAACAUGGCCGUCUAUGCGGCCAGCAAAAAGUAUGUCAGCUACUUCACCCAGGCCCUGGAGCAGGAGCUGGCCGAGCACAAUGUCACCGUUCAGCUGGUCAUGCCCAUGUUUGUCAUUACCAAAAUGAAUGAGUAUUCCGAUUCGGUGAUGCGCGGCGGCUUCCUGAUACCCAAUGCCCGUAGCUUUGCACGCUCCGCCGUAUUCACGCUGGGCAAGACCAGCAUGACAACGGGCUUCUGGACGCACGGACUGCAGUACUUCUUCAUGAAGAUGGCGCCGCAGCAUCUGCGCAUGCUCAUUGGCCACCAGUUGACGCGGCGACUGCGCCUCGAGGGCUUGAGCCAAAAGAAGUUGACUUAGAGCAUGCUGCAAGCCAAUUGCAGCAAUCGCACAUAAAACGUACAUUUUAAGAGUCUUGUAAAUAUUGGCGCCUAGUAUUAACCAAAUUGUUAACUGUAAACACUUUUCGUAAAAAAACCGGAUAACAAAUUCAGCUUUAUUUUUUGCCAGCCGAUUGCAUAAUUUCUGCAAUAAGAGAGAGAUACAGAGAGAGAGAGAGAGAGAGAGAGAGAGAGGAGUCCACUUGGAGUGGAGCGGCGUCACACGGAGACACAGAAACCGGUCUUGACCAGCGGGCGGAAGAGCCAUCUGAAAGCCAUGCUUCAUUGCAUCGAGUUGGCAUUCUUGAGGCUUAACAUUGUUUGAAUUUGGCUAAAACCCAAAUUCGAAUUAUUGUACAUGCAUCGGCAUGCAAAUGAACGUCUAGUGGAGCUCGUGAGGGACAGUGGCCCCAAUUAUGCAAGCUGAAAUUACAAUGCAACUUUUCGACUGAGGCAGUAGGACAGAGGCAGCUAGCCUCUACAGCAAUUGAUGGAUGGCCCAAAGCUUUUCAAUGUUAUUUACAAACCUCAGAGUGAGCAAUUAGAUGGGAGUAACAUUAAAAGAUUCAAGUGCAGCUUAAAGAGAGCUGCAAAGUAGGCCAGAGAGACAUGAAACCAAGCAAUGUAAAAAUAUUAUAUUACGGAAAAUAUAAGGAAUAAAGUCUCAUUAAAAAAUAUGAAAUAUUAGUAUCAACAA